UCCACUCCUUACCUUCUAUCACUAUCUAAUAGAGAAGAGGAUGAAACAUCAUUUCUGCAUUGCACAACUUGUAGUUGCAGGCUAUGCUGAAGCUCUUUACUCACUCGUUAGGCCGAGCGGAGUCGUCGGCGCCGGAUCGAGAUCACAAAAAAAGCAAGAGCCAGGUCAAGAAGAAAGGAAACAACAAGAGAGGGACUAAGGCUAAGGUGUCCCCUGACGUAAGCCUGACAUCAAAUGAUUUUGUUGUGAGGAUUGUUCAUAAAGGUGGACAACAAGAGGUGUAUCAACGUGCACUCCCUGCAUCAAAGUUGAUGAGAAAGUACCCCGGAAUGUGCGUCGCAUCGCCGGAAGUCUUCAAGGAUCCUCAUCAGUCGGUGUUGGGGCCGGACCAAGUGUUGCUUCUUGGUCACAAGUACAUCAUGAUAUCGCCACGAGAUGUCCACAAGCUGAAGCGCAAACACGCUCAGCAAGGCGAAGACGAAGAGAAUAAUGCACCCGCGAUACAAGGGCUAUCGCCGGCAGAAGAAGUUACCAGAGAUUCUCCAUGUGGACACCAAACUAGAGAGAGUAGUAAUAAAGCUUCUAAUGAAGCAAAUGGAGCACAAGGCCAAGAGAUGAUGGAAACAAAGAAAAGUUUAUCUCCAGAUAGAGGAAUAGAGGAAGUUCAAGGUGGAGGGCCUGCACAAGAACCUCAUGGCUAUGCAAAGGUAUACUUCUCAAGUCCCAAAGAUAAGUCUAUAAAACAUACAAGAAGACGAAAAGGAAUAAAGAACAAGCCUUUUGUGUCACCUCUUCCAAAGAACAGAGUAUAUAGGGUCUUUGAUUGGCAACCAAGGCUUCCCCCUAUACAAGAGCUCUCUCCAUGAUAUUUUCAUAGCUAAUUUUCUUUGUAUUCACUUUUCCUUGACCGUGAGUUAGUUAGCUCAUGUCCAAAAAGAAAUGGGAGUACAAGUAUCAUUUCUUUAUGCACACUUAGCCAUUUUUAGUGUAGUUCGUUUGUGCAAGGGAUCUUUGGUAGAUAAAUGAGGAUGUGCCUGCUACACCUAACAAGGAACCAAGCCAACAAACUCAAAACAACAACAUCCCAAUUGAGGAACCAGCAAAGGGUG